AUGGCGAUGAACAAGUUUCGUCUUGCCCUGCUACAACUUGCAGUGACGCCCAACAUUUCGAAAAACCUCGAAAGAGCGAGUGAGUUAAUCAAAGAGGCGGCGCCUGCGGGAGCGAAGAUGGUCUGCCUGCCAGAAUGCUUCAGCUUCCCGUACGAGCCGAAGUACAUCGUAAAGUACGCCGAGCCGAUUCCGGGGAAGUCCAGCGAGAUGCUGUCACGCUGGGCCAGCGACAACCAGGUCUACCUCAUUGGCGGAACGUUGUCGGAGAGGGAGGAUGACAAACUCUACGCCGCCUGCUUGGUCCACGGACCGGACGGUUCACUGCUGGCCAACACUCUAAAAAAAAAGGAAGUGAAGCACCGCAAAGUACACCUCUACGCGACCGACGUCCCCAGCAAGUUCACGUUGAGCGAGGCGGGCUUUUUAACACCGGGCGACAAAGUGACCACCUUCGACACACCAUUCUGCAAAGUGGGCGUCGGAGUAUGCUACGACAUCGUGUUCUCGUCCUUUGCCGAGCUGUACGAGCGGCUCGGCUGCAAGUUGAUGGUGUACCCGGCAGCGUUCAACAUAUACAACGGUCCGUUGUACUGGGAGCUCACUUCGAGGGCUAGGGCGGCUGAAUACCAGGUCUACGUGGCGUCCGUGUCGCCCUCGAGGGACGAAACGGCCUACUACGUCCUCUGGGGACACAGCAUGCUGGUAGAUCCCACUGGUAAGGUGGUCCGGUCGGCUGGGGUCGAUGAAGAGAUCGUGCUUGCUGAUGUCAAUAUAGACUACCUGGAUGCGGUGAGGCAACAGCUGCCCGUUGCCAAACAGAGGAGGAACGACCUGUACGAAGUAGUCGUCCCCAAGGACGCGGAAACUAACGUGGCGCCUUCUGACGGAGUGUAA